CAUACACACACGCGCGCUCGGAUUUUCCCCCUCCGUCCGUGGCUCUCAGAUGCGAGACCCUUGUAGCUGUCAUCCCGAGUCGUGUCCACGCCGCUGGACCGCGUUUUCAGCCUUUUGUUGCGUCUGCGUAAUCCGUGCGCCUGCAUGGCUACGGCGCCCGGAGCGGCCGGAGCGGAGGAGUGCGUGCAGCGGGGGAGGUCUCAGAGUGACCCGAGCAUCCUCACUGAGGCUCGGAUAGGCUACAACAACAACAGCGCAGAUGUUAUGGAGCAGCAGAGAACCCUUCACCCCGGUUGCCUGGUGACGGGGGUCCGGACGCCCCCCAUCCGCCGCAACAGCAAGCUGGCCAGCCUGGGCCGCAUCUUCAAGCCCUGGAAGUGGAGGAAAAAGAAAAAUGAGAAGUUAAGGCAAGGCUCUACAGGUGUGGAGAGAAAAGUGGCGGCGCGGCAGCCUCGUGACGAGCUGGUGAGGAAAGGCCUGCCAGAGACGAGCACAGGGUCUGGUUUGGCUUGUGGAGGGAACUCGGAGGAGCCAGGUACCCCCACGCAGGAGUACUCAGACGGGGAGGAGAGGGAGGAUGAGCCCAUGGCACCGCUGGCCAAUGCCACAGAGGAGCUGGAACCUGAUGAGGACAUUCCUUCCACAGUGCAAGAUGCCCCAGAGAACCCUGAGCCCACUGAGGAGCCCAGUCGAAACGAGGAACAGCAGGACGAAGAGGCUUCUUUCUCUAACCCCUCCAGCAAGGACAGCAGCACCCCCCCUGCUGAAGCUGUUCAGAGUCCAGAAGAGCUGAAGGCAGAGGCGCCACGCAGAGAAACCCGCACGCCACCCCCAAAACUGCCCGCAAAGCUCCUGCCCCGACUCGGCAGCCUGGACAGUUCUCAUCCCAUUCAGAUGCGGCCCGCUCCAGCCACCCUGCCCCGGAACUUCACUCUCCCCAAAGACGCGCUGAGGGGACGCAUGUCCACCCCGACAGGCUCCCCCCACCUGGGCAACAUGCAUCCACCGCUGCCCCCCAGCUGCAUCAUAGAGGAACUGCACCGUGCUCUGGCCACCAAACACCGGCAGGACAGUUUUCAUGGUAAAGAGGUCCGCAGCUCCCCUAAGAGGCGCUCUGACGGGCGUCUGUCACGCACCUCCAGCAUGGAGGGAGAGCAGCAAGGUGGGGAAGUGGAGGAGAACAAAGAGAACAUGCGACUGGACGAGUAUUACAGUGACCAGGACAGCUGGAACGAGUCCGUCAUCUCUGGGACACUGCCGCGGCGGAUAAGGAAGGAGCUGCUGGCCGUGAAGCUGCGCAACAGACCCAGCAAACAGGAGCUGGAGGAGAGAAACAUCUUCCCUGUCCGCAGCGACCAGGAGCGCCAGGAGAUCCGCCAGCAGAUAGAGAUGAAGUUGGCCAAGAGGCUCAGCCAGAGACCCGCGGUGGAGGAGCUGGAGAGCAGAAACAUCCUCAAACAGAGGAACGACCAGACGGAGCAGGAGGAGAGGAGGGAAAUUAAACAGAGGCUGAACAGAAAGCUGAACCAGCGUCCCACAGUAGACGAGCUACGCGAACGAAAGAUCCUCAUCCGCUUCAGCGACUAUGUCGAAGUGGCCAAAGCUCAGGACUACGACAGAAGAGCAGACAAGCCCUGGACAAGACUGUCUGCUGCAGACAAGGCAGCAAUACGGAAAGAGCUGAAUGAGUUCAAGAGUAACGAGAUGGAGGUUCACGCAUCGAGCAGACACCUCACCAGGUUCCACCGGCCAUAGCAAGGUAUCUUCUGUGAAGAAUAUGCUGGACAUCAAAGGAGGUCCUCAGGAGGAUCCUCCCUGUGCCCUGGCCCAUAAGGUGGUCCCUGGAGGGCCCUGCUGUUUUUUGGGCAUUAGUUGAACCUUGGAGGCUAUGUCUCUGGAGCUUCAGCUCGGAGAAGCGAAAGCUCGUGCAACUCCGAAUCUCCACUCAGCCAAGCUUCGUCUCUAGAUUUCUGUACCUGGUUUUGGUUUUUAUUUGUUUUUUCGACUUUUUUCUCCAGGAGAAGCUUGAUGAAGGAUGGAACACUGUUCAGAAAAAAAAAGAAAAAGAAACCCAGGCUCUUUUUUAACAGACUCUUUUUUUAAGUUUGCCUUUUCAUUGCCAAUAGGUAGGGAUGUUG